AUGUUUUGAUAAGGUUUGUGGGAAUUGUUUCCGUCCCCGUGUAAUUCGGUGGAGUGGUACGUUCCAGUAGUAUUGAAGGCAAAGCUGAAAACGGUUUGUUUUCACCGAGAGGAAGAAGCGUCGCUGAUAUUCGCAGCUGCUACCUCGUCGCUUUAAUAAACGGUUGUGACAUUUCGUUACGUCUGGUUGGUUUUUCGACAGCAGCUUUUGCCGUUUUUAGCUCGCCAUGGCUCUGUGCGGGGGUGUCGGAGCCAUGGCUUUGCCCAGCGAGCUUAUUGUCCACAUAUUCUCCUUUCUGUCCGACCGAGACAAGCUCCGGGCCUCGGCUGUGUGCUCUCGCUGGAGGGAGUGUCUGUUCUACCCCGCGCUGUGGACCGAGCUCAAACUGCGAAUAGGUGGUGGUGGAUGCUCCAGCUCCGACGAAACCCCGAAGCUUGAGUUCCUUAUGCGAAAGUUUGGCUCUUUUGUGCGAGAGUUGCAGCUAGAGCUCGCACCGGUGGAAGGAAACCUUAGCCAUCUGAACAGCGACCCGUCGUCCGCCAGAAUGGACCAGCCUCCGGGUCCCGAUAGCGACCCGCAGCACAAGGAGCGAUGGAGGGACGCCGUGGCCACCUACUUGGACCAGGUGUUAUGUGUGUUCACCAGCAUCCGAAACAAUAGAAAUCUGCAGAAGCUGAGUCUGUAUGGAGACACCUUCAUUCUCCAGCAAGAGGGACUACUAGACAGCUCUCACCUGCAUCUAAUCCACCAGGGGGACAAAAAGAUCAAUGAAAUCCAACAGUUGUUUAUGGAGGUCCUCUCCAACAGCAGGCAGCUGAGGUGGCUGUCUUGUAGCUUCAUGCUGGGCCUGGUGACUUCCUGUUCUUUAUCCUGCCUGUCCAAUCCUUCAGCUGAGACCCUACAGCACCUAAGUUUACUGGACCAUCAGCUAGGGCCCCUCAUCUCCCCAUCUGAGUUGGAUCGCCUCUCUAACCUUCAUUCUCUGGCUCUCGAUUUUACUGACUUUACAUCUGAGCUUUGUGGUUUGCUGGCAUCUCCACGGCGAACUCCACUUCAUCGCCUCUCCCUGCUGCUCAACGGGGCCACCCUGGAGUUUAAAUCAUUAGAAGGGACCGCUACAGAGGAUAACUGGAAGGCACUGGUUCGUGUAAGCGCCAACCUGCGAGUGUACGUCAUGGCCCUGGAGGUCGACAGCUCUGAGCUCCUCAGGGUCCUAAAGCCGAGCCUUCCCCUCGAGCGACUUCACCUCGACAGUUACAGCAUGCCGGUGACCGACGCCACACUGGAGCUCAUCUCCCAGCAGUACAACAAAACGCUGACUCACUUCCUUCUCCUGAGGGAUGGCCCUGACUUCCCUGACCUCAGCAUCAAUCGUAACGAAGACCCUUUGGUCCUCUUGGCAUGGAGAUGUACUCAGCUGGCUGUACUCGUGAUACAUGGUUACACUGUGUGGUCCCAUAACUUGGUGGCCAUCUCCCGACUGCGAGGCUCCAGUCUCCGUGUCCUGACCGUCUCCGAGGAGAGCAUCGACUUUGAUCCAGACCAGUCGGUGUGCAUGGAGGGCGACCCAGUCCACAACCUGGUCAAGGAGGUUUCUCUGGGCCUCGGCCGUGUCUGGCAGCCUUGCCUGGAUUCCAGCGUGUUUUUGUCCGAACCCACCCAGCACUUCCACCAUGAGCUGCGCGCCUUCAGCAUGGGCAUGUAGACAGAGGAUGGCAAACCCAAGGCAUCACAGCCUAAACUGUGUCAAGACCAGACCAGACCAACAGAGUGCAAGACCAAACGAGAAAUCUAAAGUGGAGCUUAAGAAUGGUCUAUAAAUUAUGUGAACUGACGUGAGCUGAUUGUUUUUAUUUUUUUAAUUUUUUUUUUCCACAAUUAAGUCUGACCAUUUUUCAACGUCGUCUUGCUUUGCUACUCUUAUUAUCUAGUUGGCCAGUCGCUUGAAAAAUGGAUUCAGCUUCUGAUGUUUUAAAUAUAUGUAUAUUGCAGAUAGGAGUAUUAACUUAAAACUGGAUUGCUAAUUACAAUCUGAAAAGCAUUCGGUUUGAAUAUCACACAGAUCUGACAGCUGGCAGGACUUCACAGGUUUUAGUUUGUGGGUCAGCGUGCAGCUUCCAGCGCCCGCUCGGCUCAGUCUGGUCUGGUCUUGCCCACAAGUAUUCAGAGCUCUCUCCUUCACCUUAAUAACCUCUGGAGCAUCUGUGUAAUGUACCUUUUGAUUUGUUUUGUUUUCCUUUGUUUUUUAAUUUGACUGUUUCCAUCCCUCCUUGCUCUUUGUAUAACCCAGUUGGGGUUUCUUUUUCCUUCUUCCCGCGUGGUGGUAUUGGCUUUGUGUGUAUUUAAAUACAGAUAUAUUAUUAUCCUGCUCACUGCUAGAACAGGACAGGCAGGUGGGUUGAGUGAUGAACUGUAGGGAUUUAAGAAGUGUUGUGUGUUCAGGCACAAGCUAUUAGCUUUAGUUCUUUUCUUUCUUUCUUUUUAAUCUUUUUAACAAACCAUUGCUCUGUGUCCAUCUGUCUGGAGUCUGUAAACUUACUGAUCAGUAACUUCCUGGGUAACACAACCAUAGCUGCUUCUUCUGUCGCUCUGAAAGAGCAUCUCGUGCACUUGUCCACUAGUUCGAGAGCCUUGCCAGCCGGGUGGGAAACGCCACUGUGAAAUGGCUGUGGCUGCUGCUAGUGAGUUUUAAUGUAACAGCUGUGUCAGCGCCAUGACUGAUGAUUAUUG